AUGGGAAGCUGCUGGUCCGAUGGGUCUCACGGUGGUGGUGGAAUGGUCGGAGUCGGUGGUACUUCUUCCUCCGCCGCUACUGCUAACGACGCCUUAUCGUUCUCUGCUUCCAGUUUACGAGACGGAGACGUGAUUUCAAAGAGUGAUGCAAUGGUGGUUGUUUAUUCAAAAGGAAGAGAUGGAACACUUGCAGAGUUGUUCCGUAGUGAAGUUGUUUUGAAUUCUUUGAACCCUAAAUGGAUUAGGAAGUUUACAAUUGGUUAUCAGUUUGAGAUUGUGCAAACAUUACUGUUUCGUGUGUAUGAUAUUGACACUCAGUUUCAAAAUUCAAAGGAAGAGAUGCUUAGGCUCGACGAGCAACAAUUUCUCGGCGAGGCAACGUGUACAUUGUCCGAGAUUAUCACGAAAUCAAAUAGGACGAUUGCGUUAGAACUCAAGCGUAAAGAAGGUGCUGCUGCACAGACUCAGUCACAUAACAAUGGAAAGCUUGUUGUCCAUGCUGAGGAGUCUCUAGCUUCUAAGACCACCACAGAGAUAGUGUUUAGGUGCUUGAAUUUGGAAUCGAAGGAUCAUUUCUCUAAAAGUGACCCGUUUUUGGUGAUAUCUAAGAUUGUAGAGCACGGGAAUCCAAUCCCGGUCUCUAAAACCGAAGUCUUAAAGAAUGAUGCCAAUCCACUUUGGAAACCAGUCUUUCUAAGUGUUCAACAAGUAGGGAGUAAGGAAAGCCCAUUGGUAAUAGAGUGCUUAGACUUCAAUGGCAAUGGUAACCACAAUCUGAUCGGAAAAGUUCAGAAAUCACUUUCAGACUUAGAAAAGCUUCAUUUGAGUGGCCAAGGAAUCAAUUUAUUCUUACCAACCGGUGUUGGACAUAAACAUGAAGACAGGGUAUUAAAGAGUCAGCUUUUUGUGGACAAGUUUACUGAAACUGUUCAGCAUACAUUCCUAGAAUACUUGGCGUCUGGAUUCGAAUUGAACUUCAUGGUCGCCAUUGAUUUCACGGCUUCAAAUGGAAAUCCUCGCCUCCCAGAUUCCUUGCAUUACAUCGAUCCUACAGGACGAUUAAAUGCGUACCAAAGAGCAAUAGUUGAAGUUGGAGAAGUAUUGCAGUUCUACGACUAUGACAAACGCUUUCCCGCUUGGGGUUUCGGAGCUCGUCCAAUCGACAUCCCGGUUUCACAUUGCUUUAACCUCAACGGAAGCAGUACUUAUUGUGAGGUAGAUGGGAUUCAAGGUAUCAUGAAUGCCUACAAUGGUGCUCUCUUCAACGUCUCUUUCGCUGGGCCUACUCUAUUUGGUCCCGUGAUCAACGCUGCUGCAACAAUCGCUAGCGAGUCACUCGCUCAAAAUGCACGAAAAUAUUACGUCUUGUUGAUAAUCACUGACGGAGUAAUAACAGAUCUGCAAGAAACGAAAGACGCAUUGGUCAGUGCAUCGGAUCUUCCAUUAUCAAUCCUCAUCGUUGGAGUUGGAGGAGCUGACUAUAAAGAAAUGGAGGUACUAGAUGGAGACAAGGGAGAGAGAUUAGAGAGCUCGAGCGGCCGCGUUGCAUCGCGUGAUAUCGUCCAGUUCGUUGCGUUACGAGACAUACAAUAUGGAGAAGUGUCAGUGGUAGAAGCGCUUCUAGCAGAAUUGCCUUCACAAUUUUUGACGUACAUGAAAAACCGUAACAUCACUCCUUGA